AUGAAUACCAAGCGAAACAUGGAAUCAGCAACGGGACAACGACACGCAAAAGAUAAGAAGAAACGCAAAAUUACCGUGCAGAGCCUAUCCCGGAUGCCAGCCCACUGUCCUGUAGGCGGCUGCUCAGACAUCGUAUUCCCGUCCAAUGUGAUGCUGCACAUGCUGCACAAGCACUCCAAUGGCCCGAAUUGCACAGCCGCCGAGGUAUUCGAGCAUCGGCCUCAGCUGCUGUACUUCGAUCCGACUGGCUACGUGCACGGAGACAACUGCUGUAUUGGCACGCUCAUGUAUGGAGGCGUGAAGGGAAAGCCAACCACGCGACCGGGAGUCGACAGGCUGAGCUUUCUGAACUCGGGUCUGUUGAACACUUAUGGGAAGUAUGAUACCUACUUGCCCAUAAUGGUGAUGGCCUGUCGAACCACCUGGUUUGCUCACCUGAAGGACAAGCAGCUGGAACAAGAGAUGCUCUCAAAGACCGAAGGCACUGGCGGCAUCUAUGUCUUCUGGCUGGUGGCGCCCGUUACCACGCGCAAGGUCUUUUACACCCUCACCAUCUUCGAUCGUCACUACAUUAGCUCGCGCAGCUCGAUUCGCACGGUGCGCGACUACACCAACUUCCAGGAUCCAAGCGACUUUCUACCCAUCGAUGAGAACUAUAUUAUGUUGCGCGACUCGGAGGUUCUCGAACUCAUGAACAUCGGCAGAAUCGUUCACAGCAAAGGCGGAAAGCAAGCGCCACGCGGCAUACCAAUGGAAGUGAUUGUCUAUCAGAAACCAUUGAAGCCCUCUGGCAUUCUCAGUACUCAGCCAGAAAUGCAGGCGGCGCUGAAGGAGGCUCGGACUUUAUACAGUACGUGCGUAAUGCCACGCACCAAGGGGACUGUCAAUCGCGAAAUUUCGGGCAAGAUGUCACUCACCAGAAAGCCGCUCUCCAAGACAAGGGCUAAUCUAGCUCACGUCCGUGCCUCACGUUAAAUGUUUCCAACUCCACUUACAAACU